AUGUCUUACUACGGCUCCGAUUUCUACGAGGGUGAUUCUGGUGAGUACCAUUGGAACCCUUAUGUGAGUAGCUAUGAAUCUUAUAAUCAUGAUGUUUCAACUCAAGCUUCAAUAUCUUAUUCUGGCUUUGAGUUCAAUGAGCCUCAAUCGACUGAUUGUCCUGCUACUUAUGGUGAUGGUGAUUAUUACUCUGUAACUUCACCCGAAAUCAAUUACUCUACCUAUAGUUUUAAUGAGCCCAAGCUACUUGAAUAUUAUCCUACUACUUAUUGUGAUGCUUAUGAUCCUUAUGAAACUCGAUCCAAGAUUAGUUAUUCUACUUACAGUUUCAGUGAACCCAAAUUGAUCAAGUAUGAACCAACUCCUUGUGGUAUUGGUUAUUUUUCUUCCGGGACACAAUACAAAAUCUCUUACUCUGAAAUGGAGUUUAAUGUGCCUGAAUUUGUGGAGUACGAUCCGACACCUUAUGAUGGUGGAUUUGAUCCUACUACAACCUAUGGCAAACCCCUUCCACCCUCGAAUGAAAUCUGUUACCCUCGUUCCAUGCCAGAGUCUAAUGGCCUAGCCUUGAAUGGUUUCUCAUAUGGAGCUAUUUCUUCACCUUAUGGUAAAGAUGAAACAGGUGACUUAGCAAUAAAAUCGAGUAAUGGAAGCAAAGCUUCUAAUACUAGUGAAGAAGGGAAGAAAUCAAAUGGUGAAAGUAGGGAUUACAGUGGACAUGACCGUGGCAAUGACAGAAAUCUUGAGAAGCCAGUAAACUUAAACCAGAGUGAAGAGAGAGAGGAAUAUAAUAACAGUGAUUAUCCUUCUUCUGGAUAUGAUUAUGGGUAUGGGAAUGGAGGAACUAGAGGGUAUGGUUCUGAGUAUGAGAAGCAAGUGGCUGCAUAUGGGUCUGGAUUGGAAGCCAUGGACCUUUGUGAGAGUCUAUUUGGUUACUGGCCAUGUUUGAAUAGGAAAGACCAGAGCAACAAUGGAAAUCACGAAAAUGGCAACGAAGGAAGCAACUUUAACCCAUGGAAGGGAGCUGCAGAUUAUAUUUUUGGAAGUCCAUUUGGGUAUGGUGAACAGAGAGGUGGAGGAGGAUACCAUGGGUGGUCUAUCUAUGGUGGUGAGAGGUAUUAUCAGCAAUAA